AUGGAUGGAAAGGUAUUUCAGAAAAGAUGCGACAUAACUGCAGGAAGAAAAGUUGGAUCGAAAGUUCGAACCCCUUACUACCAUUUGUCGAUUUUCUAUAUCUGGUCCUCGGUUAUUUUUGCGGUUGGUGUGACGAAGAACAAUGGAAAUCACCCAUACGCAACAGCAACACCAGUUGAAGAAACCCAAAAGAAACAACCCACAAAUUCUUGA